AUGCCCGCCCUCUCCUUCCACCACCGCCUCCGUCGGCUUGUGCGACCUGUCCUCGUUAGCGCCGCAGUCCUGCUGACGCUGCUGCUUUGUCUCCGCUUUGUCGCCGUGCCCCUUCUCGUCCUCUUGCAUCCCCCUCUUGAUCUCUGGUUCUACGACCACAGCGUCUACGGCUUGUACCCGCAGCAGUACUACCACUCCUUUCACAUCGCAUCGCCGGCGGCGCGGAGGCCGAGGUGGAAUCAUGUCUGCGCUGAGGAGAGUCGAAAUGGCCUCGUCCUGCUCGACCUGCACGGCAGUCAAGUGAAAGACAGUGGCCCUGUUGUUCUCGAUCUUGCAGGCAACUUGAUAUGGACAAAUGCAUCGUUUGGUGGAGAAAAUCCGCAUGCCAUGAAUGCGAAGGUGCAGGAAUACAAGGAGGAGCAGUACCUGACUUUCUGGGCCGGCGAUGACUACGACCACGGCCACUGCUACAUGCUUGACAACGAGUUCAACCUUGCGUACAAUGUGUCCGCGGUUGGGGACAGAUUAUGGGCAGAUCCGCAUGAGUGCAAAAUCACCUCCGACAACACCGCCCUCCUCAUCGCAUACAACCACACCAGCGCCGACACGAGCAACACCAAUGUGGCAGAUCUGGGACCAUACAUCGUCGAUGCGAUCAUUCAGGAGGUGGAUGUCGAGAGCGGUGAGCUACUGUUUCAAUGGCGGGCGUCGGAUCACUUUGCGGACGACAACGAGUACUUGAAGACGAGCUACGACGCUCCUUUCGCGCGGCACAGCAAGAAAUACCGUGACUAUUUCCAUAUGAACAGCGUUGAUAAGCUUGCGAAUGGGGAUCUCCUCGUCUCCAUCAGGCACACGCACUCGUUCAUGCGCAUCGAAAAGGAUACCGGGGAUAUUUUGUGGGCUUUUGGGGGCACAUCUACCGACUUCAAGGACUUGUCCAACGGAGAGGCGGACUUCAAGUGGCAGCACGAUGCGCGCUGGAUAGACGAAGGACGCGGACUGCUCGGACUGUUCGACAAUGCGCUCUCAGAGAACAGCUGGUACGAUGCACCAUACAGCCUGGGCAAGAUCAUCCAUUUGGACACUGAGAACCGCACCGCGGAGCUUGUACAUUCCUACCACUCCCUCGAGAAAGCAAAGUCAACUUCUCAAGGCUCAUUUCAAUUCAUCCCAUCCCGCGGGAGCGAGGAGCAAGACCAAGUCUUCAUCGGCUGGGGCUCGGUACCGGCCUUCACCAUCCACGACGCCAAAACCGAAGAGCUACUGUGCGAGACGCAUUACGCUCCAUCGCUGUUCCAGUACUACGAGUUUGCGAAAUCCUACCGCACCGUGCGUGCGCCGCGGGAAUGGACUGCCACGCCUGCAGCAUGGGACCCGAACGCGGUCGCUGAGGGCGGCAGAGUAUAUGUAUCAUGGAACGGUGGAAUGACAGUGCGUUGGUGGGUCUUACAGAGAAUACACAGGCAUGCCCGCGGAGAUGAGCUUCGAGACGAAGAUUGGGAGGAUGUGGAGACGGUGGAAAGAGACGGCUUCGAGACAGCUUUCGAGCUGGCGGCUGGUGGCAAUACCCUGUACAGAAUUGCGGCCCUCGACGCAUCCAAGAACACCAUUCGCUUCUCCAACACAUUUUGGAACCCAGGUUCGUGGUUUCGGAUACCAUCAUGGGUGUCCUUCUCGCUCGGAGUGGGCGUUGUGCUGCUUAUGUUUGCUGGCGCGAUGCGUUGGCGGCAAGUCAUGUUUUGGAUCAAAGGUAGAAGACGGGGGAUAGGACUGUACACCCAAAUACCGAACGAAGAGGCCUGGGAAAAUCACGACCAGGAUGAUGCGGCAUCUUUGGCGACCCUUGGACGCAGGUAG